AUGGGAACAACAAAGGUGGUUUAUGUUUUUGGCGACCAGGCACUUGAUACAUCUGCAGAUCUCUCCAGAAUCUUGUCUAUCCGGCAAGGGCCUGUGACGCAAGCCUUUAUCGAACACGCUCUGCAGACCUUGAGAUUUGCGGUUAACGCUCUACCACACUCAAACCGUGUCAAGAUCGAGCGCUUCGCCGACGUGCAAGAUCUCAUUACUCAGAAGCGGAACGGCACCUUGCAUCCUGCCCUUGAACAAGCUUUGGCUUGUUUUUAUCACUUGGUUUCAUUCAUUUCGCAUCUCGAGCGCGAGCAGAAGAACUAUCCCACACAUUAUGACGCUAUUUUGGUCGGCUUGUGUACAGGUACCAUCGCAGCUGCUGCGAUCAGCGCCUGCCGGACUUUGACGGAGCUGCUGCCAGUUGCGGUGCACGCUGUCAAGGUAGCAUUUUACACAGGCUCUUGUGCCGUGAACUUUGGAGAUAUUUUAUAUCCUCCACGGACCAACGAGAGCCUCGCUCAUUGGUCUUUACUUCUUCCUAACCUGACAUCCUCAGAGGCAUCGUCGAUGUUGCAGGAGUUUGCUCGCAAUGGGGGCUUUCCACAGACCUCAACACCAUGGAUCAGUGCCACUGCAGAACACAGUGUCACCAUCAGCGGACCACCAGACAAGCUAGGAGCCUUCCACAGAUCAGACAGCUUCGCUGGUCGCAGCUCCGCACUAUUGCCAAUUUUUGCGCCUUAUCAUGCCCCUCCCAUCUUCGAUGAACGCUCCGUCGAGUCCGUACUUGAAGAGUCAGGUACAAAUGUGCUCCCUGGGCGGGACUCACUCGUCCCUGUUAUCGCAACUUAUGACAGAGAUUCAAGUUGGGGAGAUACCUUACUCUCAACGAUGCGAGUUGCUGUGGCCAGCAUCUUGAGAUACCCGUUGCAUUGGGAAAGGAUCAUGGAGUCUGUGGGAGCACAGCUGAGUUUGUCAGCCCACGAACGAGUUGAGAUCGUUGGAAUCGGCACCAAACAAGCACAGGCUCUUCGAAGUCACAUUUUGAAACUCGGGGUGGUCCAAGAUGUUGAUAUCGAAAGACUCACAGUCCCGCUGGAAAGCUCAGAGACCAACUCUGGCCCGAAGCAGGAAAAAAUAGCCAUCAUUGGCAUGUCGGGCCGCUACCCUGAAGCCGACGACUGCGACGAGUUCUGGAGCAUCUUGUCACAAGGACUCGAUGUCCACAAACCAGUGCCCGAUCUCCAUUGGAGUAAGGAACACGUCGAUGUCACAGGAAACAAGAAGAAUACAAGCGCAACUCCAUUCGGCUGCUGGCUGAAGAGCCCAGGGAUGUUCGAUGCCAAGUUUUUCCAUAUGAGCCCAAGAGAGGCUCCUCAAGUUGACCCGCUAAUGGCACAACGACUUGCUCUGUUGACAGCAUACGAAGCCAUGGAAGAUGCAGGAGUGACCCCUGAAUCAAGCGCUUCCACGCAAAAAGAUCGCGUGGGCGUCUUUUACGGGGUAACGAGCAACGACUGGAUGGAAACUAACAGCGCUCAAAAUAUUGACACGUAUUUCAUUCCAGGAGGCAAUCGAGCUUUCAUUCCCGGUCGGGUGAACUACUUCUUUAAGUUCAGCGGCCCAUCUUACUCUGUUGACACUGCUUGUUCUUCUAGCCUCGCAGCCAUCCAUCUCGCAUGCAAUGCCCUCUGGCGCAGAGAGAUUGACACUGCAAUAGCGGGAGGCACCAACGUUCUUACCAAUCCGGAUUUCACGUCUGGUCUAGACCGGGGCCACUUCUUGUCAAGGACAGGCAACUGCAGGACUUUUGACGAUAGUGCUGAUGGCUAUUGCCGUGGCGAGGGUGUUGUCACGUUCAUAAUGAAGCGUCUCGAAGACGCUCUGGCUGACAACGAUCCCAUCCGAGCUGUGAUUCUCGGGGCAUACACUAACCAUUCAGCUGAAGCUGAUAGUAUCACACGACCGCAUGUUGGCGCACAAAGACAGAUCUUCCAGAAGAUUUUGCACGACUCUGGAGUUGAGCCAGGAGACGUCAGUUAUGUUGAGAUGCACGGCACUGGAACUCAGGCUGGAGACGCCAGCGAAAUGCUAUCUGUGCUUGACACGUUUGCACCCUCAAAACCCAAGCGAAGAAGGUCCAAGGACCAGUCGCUGUACAUUGGGUCGGCAAAAGCGAACAUUGGUCACGGAGAAGCUGCUUCAGGAGCAAGCAGUCUGUCUAAGGUGCUUCUGAUGAUGAAGCACAACACUAUACCCCCACACUGCGGCAUCAAGACCAGGCUGAAUCGAAAGUUCCCCAAAGAUUUGAGCGAUAGGCAGGCUUUCAUCGCCGACAAAGCCACUCCAUGGAUGAGAGAGACGGGGACGUCCAGACGUGCUUUCGUCAAUAACUUCAGUGCUGCAGGCGGUAACACUGCACUGUUGAUCGAAGAUGCUCCACUGAGGACCCAAGAUCAUCCUGAUCCGAGGACUUUGUUUCCGGUUUGCAUCUCAGCGAAGACAGCUUCCGCGAUGGCCAAGAACCUGAAGGCCUUCGAAAGGUAUCUGAACGAGACAUCCACGGAGAGCGACUUUCUCCAAGACGCUUCCUACACGACCACAGCACGACGGGUCCAUCAUCCACAUCGAGCUCUGAUCAUGGCCGCAGAUACUGCGAGCCUCAAGAAAGGCUUUGCGAUCGCAAUAGACCAGAAGAUUGGCUCUCACAGAACAAAAGCAGCUCCCAAGAUCAUCUUUGCGUUCACGGGUCAAGGAUCUCAGUACGUCGGCAUGGGCAAAAAGCUCUACGACACUUUCAGUUCCUUCAGACGAGAUCUCGAGCAAUUCGAUCACAUCGCACAAUCACAUGGCUUCCCAUCUUUUCUGUCGGUCAUCGCCGAAGAUGGAAAGGAUCUCACAGCCGUCAGCCCAACGAAGACUCAACUGGCACUGACAUGCUUGCAAGUCGCUCUGGCUCGUUUAUGGGUCAGCUGGAACAUCCAGCCAAGUCUGGUCGUUGGCCACAGCCUUGGAGAAUAUGCAGCCCUCUGCAUCGCGGGUGUCUUGUCGAUCUCAGAUACCAUCUAUCUAGUGGGGUCCCGAGCACAGCUGCUGGAGACUCGCUGCACAAAGUACUCCCAUGCCAUGUUGGCUGUGAGAGCUUCUGACACAGAGUUGAAAGACAUCGUCGACAACGACAAGAUUGAAGUGGCGUGCAUCAACGGGCCCUUGGACAGAGUCUUGAGUGGUCACUCAAGUUCGGUCAAGGCUAUUCAAACGACUCUGCAGAAGGCGGGAAUCAAGAGUACCUUACUCAAAGUACCUUUUGCAUUCCACUCUGCGCAAGUGGAUCCAAUCUUGGACGACUUUGAGAAGAUCGCCCGAAGUGUUCGAUUGAAAGAGCCGAAUAUCACUGUCUUGAGCCCCCUGAAAGGUGGACCGGAGAGCACUUUCGACGCCAAGUACUUACGAGAUCACUGCCGUUACACUGUCGACUUUUCAGGAGCGAUUGAAGGGGCUCACCAGAACGGCCUCCUGCAGAAAGGUCAACCGGUCCUCGAGAUUGGGCCCCAGCCUGUGGUGUCCGGCAUGUUCAAGACAAUACUGGGCGACGAGAUCAGUACCCUCCCUUGCCUGGCGCAAAACCAGGACUCCUGGAAGCUCAUGGCCACGGCUCUCAAGACACUGUAUGAGUCUGGCCACAAUGUCAACUGGGUGGAGUACAAUAGAGACUUUCAGCAUCGGGUCGUUGAGCUGCCUCAUUAUCAAUGGGAUCUUCAACACUACUGGAUUGAUUAUGUGCAUGACUGGUCUCUUCGGAAAGGUGACCCGUGGCCAGCUGCUUAUGGCAGUGCUUCGACUCUCUCGACCACAGUACACAAGGCCAGCCCCUAUGCUGACUUCAAAGAGACUGGACGCAUGAUCGUGGAGUCUGAUAUCUCCCGAUCGGAUCUGUCUCAGGUUGUGCGUGGACAUGAGGUGGAUGGCUUCCCUCUCUGCACGCCCUCUGUCUAUGGCGACAUUGCUCUAUCUAUUGGUCGAUUCCUGGCGCAAGUGAGCAGCAUCUCCCUCGACAAACAAGUCACCGUCGUCGCGGACAUGAACAUCACGGCGGCUCUCAUCGCAAAACCCAAAGGUCCACAGAUCUUACGCACGACCGCAGUCUGGGAUGCGACCACAAGCGUUGCCUCUUGCAAGUUCGAGUCGAUCUCUGACACCGGUAAAGUCACCAGCGAACAUGCAACAUGCAACAUCCGCUUCACUGAAAAGGCUCAGUUGCAAGACGACGCUGCUGAGACGAAGUCGAAGAUCAACGCUCUCCGCAAACGUCUCCUCGACGACAAGGCCUAUCAGUUCAACAGGUCGAUGAUCUACAAGUGCAUCGGAGCCCUCGCAAACUUCGAUCCAAACUACCGCGGGUUGUUCACGAUCACAAUGGACAGCAACGAUCUGGAAGCCUCUAAUGUGGUGGAGUUCUCCUCUGUCAGCGCGAAGGGUGACUUCCACACCCAUCCAGCCUACAUCGAUGCUCUCAGUCAGGUUGGCGGAUUCGUCAUGAACUGCAACGACCAGACGGAUCUCAGUAAGGAAGUCUUUGUGAACCAUGGCUGGGGAUCAUUCCACAUGGUGGAGCCACUUUCGGCUACGGAGAAGUAUCAGGCACAUGUGAAGAUGCGAGAGACGCCGAACAAGCUGUGGAAGGGAGAUAUUGUCGUUCUCAGAGGGGACAAAGUCGCCGCGAAGUUUUGCGAUAUUGCUCUGCAAGCGGUUCCGAGGAGACUCCUGAAGUACGUGCUGUCGAGAGGCGGCGGCGAGUCUGCAGUUGCUGCCGCUCUCCCAGAGCCUGUCGCUGCGAAGCCGGUGUCGAAAGAGCUUGAGAUGGAGAAGGCUGUUCCGCAUCUGCCAAACGGCUCGCUCGCACAUCACGACGCUCCGAAGCCCACCGUAUCGCACACCCAAGUCAAGCAACCCAGCGCCAAGGCGUCCAGUAACCUCGCUGUCAAGCUCUUGGAUAUCAUCUCCGAGGAGAGCGGCAUCUCAGCUGAUGAGUUGACCGAUGACCUCGCACUCCAGGAGCUGGGAGUCGACUCGCUUCUAUCCUUGCUCAUCAUCAGCAGGAUCAACGACGAGCUCGAGAUCGACCUCGAUCAAGCCAAGUUUGCUGAGAUGUCGACGGUCGGCCAGAUCAAAUCAUACGUGGCCUCCUGUACUGGUCGUGAUAUAGAGCCGAGCCUCGUUCAACACGAGACGCUCGAGGGAUCUCAACAGAUGAACUCCACGGACGCCGCUCCACUGGACCUAGAGAGUGGAGAUUUCCCUCUCCUCCAGACGACGGGCUCUGCAUCAGACUCUUCUGCUGAAGGGCAUGACUCCGGCAAAAGCCUCGAUUCCGGGCCAGCCUCGCCGCCAGACACAGACUCGACUGGCGCAACGACACCAUUGGCAGACCUUGAGAUCCUCAAAGACUCUACCACGAACUCCAAACCCUCUCAGGAGCGAGCAGCCCCUCCAGCUUCGUCAGUCAUCAUCCAAGGGAAGACCCGUAGCGCCGGCAAGAUUCUCUUCCUCCUGCCCGAUGGAUCAGGUUCAGCUCAUUCAUACAUCGACAUCCCCAAUGUGCAUCCCGACCUAGCGAUCAUUGGUCUCAACUCGCCUUUCCGUGGCGAUGCGGCAUCCAUGAAACAUUCCUCACUGGAGAGCAUCGUACAGAGCUACACAGCAGAAAUCCGCAGACGCCAACCAAACGGUCCGUAUCAUGUCGGCGGAUGGAGCGCAGGCGGUAUCUUAGCCUACUGUGUGGCAAAAGCGCUGAUCGGCGAAGAAGAAGAAGAAGUCGCAAAUCUUUUUCUCAUUGACUCGCCGGAGCCGACAGGCCUCGACCACCUUCCCCAGCGCUUUUACGACCACUGCCAUGCGACAGGAGUCUUUGGCAAGAAAGUUCCAGGCUCUUCAGGGACCGCCUCGCCACCGGAAUGGCUAAUGCCUCACUUCGAAGCCACCAUCGAUCUGCUGCAUGACUACAAGGCUUCUCCCUUGCUCAAAGGGCAGGCGCCCAAGACGUCGCUCAUCUGGGCUGCGGAUUGUGUGUUCGAUGGCGUCGACUUUCCGUACAUGCCGGACGCCGCCGCAGAAGAUCAAGACGACGGCGAGGCUGUGAAGUUCUUGACGGAGAAGAGGACGGACUUCUCAGCCGGGUAUUGGGGUCGCUUGUUCCCUGGAGGACAGGUCUCGGUAGAAGUGGCUAAGGGUGCUCAUCACUUUUCUCUGAUGGUAUGUUUUGAUUUUGUCGUUGGUGUUUCAUUGCAGCUGACGUAUCUUUCUAGCACGAAAACGCAUACAUCCUGGCCGACUUUAUCGACUCUGCUUUGUUUGAGUAAGAGAUUCGAGAGGGUCUCGAAGGGCUGUUGCCAGCUGGAAGGCAAGGAUGUCUUCCCUUGA